CAACAGCAAAUGCGACAAUCCAUCCCAUAAGUCGACGUAGGAUGCAAUAGACUUCUCAAUUCGACGUACCUCUACUUCACUCGGACGGCAGUGGCCGAGUCGCCCAUAAUGGCCUUGCAGCCCUCCCCUCAAGCGAUGGAGUAUCCAUUCGCAACCUCACCAGACAUCCUCCGAACACACCAGAAAGACGCCUACAUCACUGGUACACUCUCUACACAAGCCUCCACAAUACUACGCGCGCUGCUCGGCGCCCGGUUCGCGCACAAGUAUUCCGAUGCGACCAACCACCUAAGCGAACUUCUCUAUCUAUGCGUGACGACUCUGCUGGGCAACCGGACACUGGGCGAAGAAUACUGCGAUGUGAUCCAGGUGGAAGACGACACUCUCCGACUUGCCGGACUAGGUCGACGUGUAGGAUACAUUUCCAGCAUCAUUUUUGCGCCUUGGAUGCUGGGGAAGACGUUGCCGGCCUUGAGACGGAAACUGCGCAGUAAGCUGGAAUGGAAUGUCGAGCACGCCCAACAGCGGGGAACGAGUGCACAGACACGAGCGCUGAAGGUCCAGGAAUAUAUCCUGAAACACAUCGAUACUUUUACAUCGCCGAACCCCAUAUACGCGCUCAGUCUUACGACCUUUUACUUCACGGGAGCGUACUACCACCUUUCGAAACGAUUGUUCCGGCUACGAUACGUGUUCACCAAGCAGAUAAAGCCUGACGAGCAAAGAGUUGGAUACGAGGUGUUGGGCGUGCUGCUGGUGCUGCAGAUGGCGGUACAGUCAAUCUUGCAUGUUCGGGAGACGUACCAUGAAGCCACAGCCCAGACGGCAAUGAUGGGCGACGCCGAACAAUCGGCAACGGCCAUGGUUGGUAAGGGUGUCGAGAUACCGCUGGGGUCGACGCUGGGCUACUCACCUACGCAUCUGCUUGCGGAUAUGGACACGCCACACAAGCUCCCCCCAGGGCUGUCAGCCAGUACUGCGACUCCUGUGCUUGAAGGUGCACGUUACGACCUGAAGGACUCGGAGCUCAUGGCGUGGAUCCCGGAAGGUCAGCAACGGAAAUGUACGUUAUGUCUAGAACCAUUUCGUGAUCCUAGUGCGACCACGUGCGGUCAUGUCUUCUGCUGGACUUGUGUGCAAGAUUGGGUCAAGGAGAAGGCUGAAUGCCCUCUCUGCAGGCAGAGCGUGCUUCCUCAAAAGGUGCUCCCAUUGAGGUAGCCAUCACCAGUACGAGAAACGCAUCUUUAGCAAGCGAGACAUGACUUUUGAUGAUCAUAUUUAUGUACUAUGCAUUUUAAUUACUCAG